AUGGCGCCGUGUCUUUUUAUGGCCCAAGUGGGUCCUGGCACAGUUCUUCCAAUCAGAAUCUUCAUCAACCGCAAACAGUUUGCGAAAAACAUUCAGGAUUCGCAGACUUCGUUUGAAACCCCCAUUUUGUCGAAUAACUCAAUAAUAAGGUUGAAAUCACCGCUGGUGAGACUAUACUUGUCGAACACGGACGCUAGAAACUUGUGCAGCGAGAUAAAAGACGAACUGCUGUUGAUUCUGUACGAAUUGGCAGCUCCGGAGAUUCACGACAGCGUGAUCGGGAAGUUGAAAAUCGACAACCUUGUGGAGUUUAAAGACAUCAUAGACAAGUUCCCGUCGUUCAAGUCUGCUUUCCAAUCAGACGCAGGUCGCUGUGGUAUUCUCACACUCGAAAGAACAUCCCGGUACCAAUACAAAAUGCGCUACGACAAAAACUGGACGAUUGACAUCUUUGUCACCGACAUACGAAAACUCACACGCAUCCGGGAGACGCUUUUGGCCCGUCUUUCACCGGGAAUUGCGUUUCAGAGUUUUGGUGAUCCCCGUUCUAUGAAAAUUCUCAAACGAACAAGACAUGAAGUUCCUUCAUCCAACCGGACUUCCACAACGGCACAAGCAGAACCCAAUUUUCUUCAAGAAAGUGAUGAAGAAGUCAGAAUACCAGACGACACACCCGAAGUGUUGCUCAAGCCAUCAAACUCACCGGAAAUCGUUCAAGAAGAGAAGAAACCACAAUUCAUCUAUAGGCACUCGCCAAUGCUGAAUCUCGGCAAUUGCAUUGAUAUUCAUGUUUUGAGGAGGCCCAAGCGGAUUCAUAAGAAUAGAUGA